AUGGCUGAGCAGCAGACCCCUACCUUCAAGCUUGUGCUUGUCGGUGACGGUGGUACCGGAAAGAACUUCGGUCAGAUUCAGUUCGAUGUCUGGGAUACCGCCGGUCAGGAGAAGUUCGGUGGUCUCCGUGACGGUUACUACAUCAACGGCCAGUGCGGUAUCAUCAUGUUCGAUGUUACCUCCCGCAUUACCUACAAGAACGUCCCCAACUGGCACCGUGAUCUCGUCCGAGUUUGCGAGAACAUCCCCAUUGUUCUCUGCGGUAACAAGGUCGAUGUUAAGGAGCGCAAGGUCAAGGCCAAGACCAUCACUUUCCACCGAAAGAAGAACCUCCAGUACUACGACAUCUCCGCCAAGUCCAACUACAACUUCGAGAAGCCUUUCCUCUGGCUCGCCCGCAAGCUUGUCGGCAACCCUCAGCUUGAGUUCGUUGCUGCUCCCGCUCUGGCUCCCCCCACUGCCCAGGUCGACGAGAAGCUCCUGGAAGAGUACCGCAAGGAGAUGGACGAGGCCGCCGCCAUGCCUCUGCCCGGUGAGCUUUCCGACGACGAUCUGUAA